AGUCUUUGGACCCUAUAAAUCUCCCCCAUGCGAGACAACAUCGACCCAUCAACUUUCCCACAAAUCGCGAGAAUCCCAAGAACCUUGCUUCAUUAAAGUCUCAGAAGAAAGAAACAAAGAAAACAUGAACGGUUCGUCUGCAGCUCUUGCUCCAAAAAGUUCCUCUGGUUCCAGAUUAGAAGGCAAAGUGGCCAUUAUCACAGGCGGAGCAAGCGGCAUUGGCGAGAGCACCGUCCGGUUAUUCGUCAGGCACGGCGCUAAAGUCGUGGUCGCGGACGUCCAGGACAAACUGGGCAAAUCCCUGUGCGACGAGCUCGGCGCCAAGGACGCCGUUUCGUACGUCCACUGUGAUGUCACGAGCGAUGUCGACGUCGAGAAUGCCGUGAACUUUGCGGUCACCAAGUAUGGCAAGCUCGACAUAAUGUACAACAAUGCUGGCAUCGCUGGGAAGGUCUAUCCGACCAUCCUCGACUCUGACAACGAGGACUUCAAGAGGGUUCUCGACAUCAAUGUCUACGGGGCUUUCCUUGGGGCCAAGCAUGCCGCCAGGGUCAUGAUCCCGGCGAAAAGGGGUGUCAUCCUCUUCACCGCAAGCAUCGCCUCAGCAUGCUGCGGCGAGUCACCGCACGCGUACACCGCGUCGAAGCACGCGGUAGUCGGGCUGAUGAAGAACCUGUGCGUCGAGCUAGGGCAGUAUGGGAUUAGGAUCAACGCUAUAUCCCCGUGCGGGAUGGCGACGCCGUUGCUCCGGAACACCAUGGGGCUCGAGAAGAGCGCCAUUGAGGAGGUGCUGUGCGCGUCAGCGGUGCUGAAAGGGGUGGUGCCAGAGGCGGAGGACGUGGCGGAGGCAGCGUUGUACCUGAGCGGUGACGAGGCCAAGUAUGUGAGCGGGUUGAACCUCAUGGUGGAUGGCGGCUACUCCACCACCAACCAGUCCUUCAAGAUGGUGCUGAAGAGUUUGAUGUCUUGAUCUUCUAAGGUUGUAUUGAAGUAGCGGCGAUAACGAUCUGGAUAAAAGAGCAUGCACGUAGUUCCCUAUCCCGAUUGGGGAAAUAGGAGCGUUGCCCUAACACCUUAUAUUGUCGCUUUGAUAAGAGUCGAGGAGAUUUAUGGCA